GUUAUAACACCGACAUGAACCCUUCGUCUAUAUCAAUCCUCUCCCUCCCCCUCUUUCAAACCAUCCAUAAAACUUCUCAAAAAAUCACCUAAAAAAAACUUUUCAAGAACAAUGCCAAAGACAGCCUUCUCCUCUUCCUCCAUUUUUCUUCUACCUUUCUUUCUCCUACAAAUACUCAACAACAAUGAAGAAGUUGUUCAUGGCAGAAAAGUUUCAGCCAUCAUAGUAUUUGGAGAUUCCUCAGUAGAUUCAGGAAACAACAACCACAUUUCUACAGUUCUAAGGAGCAAUUUUCCACCCUACGGUCAAGAUUUCGAUGGUCGGAGACCCACGGGAAGAUUCUCUAAUGGCAGAAUCGUUACCGACUUCAUCUCAGAAGCUUUUGGGAUCAAAAGGACCAUUCCAGCAUAUUUGGAUCCUACUUAUAAUAUCACUCAUUUUGCUACUGGAGUUUGCUUUGCCUCUGCUGGAACAGGCUAUGAUAAUGCCACUUCUGAUAUUUUUUCAGUGAUCCCUCUAUGGAAGGAGCUACAAUACUACAAAGAAUACCAAAACAAACUGAGAGACCACCUCGGCCCUUCAAAAGGCAACCAAACCAUAGCUCAAUCGUUGCAUCUCAUCAGUUUAGGAACCAACGACUUCCUCGAAAACUACUUCCUCCUCCCGCGCUGGUCGGUGCAGUUUUCGGUGGAAGAGUACGAGAAUUUCCUGGCCGGGGCGGCGGGGAUGUUCGUGAGGGAGCUGCACGGGCUUGGCGCCCGAAAGAUGUCCAUCGGGGGGCUGCCGCCGAUGGGGUGCCUGCCAUUGGAGAGGAGCUCGAGAGUGGUGUUUGGAGGUGGAUGUGUGGAGAAAUACAACAGAGUUGCGAGGGAUUUCAAUGGGAAGUUGAUGGAGUUGGUGGAGAAGAUGGAGAAGGAAUUGAGAGGGAUUCAAAUUGUGUUUUCCAAUCCUUUUGACAUUCUUUCAGAUAUGAUUGAUCAUCCUAGUAAGUUUGGGUUUAGCAAUUCAGCAAGGGCAUGUUGUGGAACAGGCAGGUUUGAGAUGGGUUUCUUGUGCUCCAAGAUUAACCCAUUUACAUGUUCUGAUGCCAAUAAGUAUGUGUUUUGGGAUGCCUUUCAUCCCACACAAAAAGCUAAUUCCAUUAUGGCAAAACAUAUUGUCCAAAAUUAUCUAUCCAUCUUUCUCUGAAUACCCUUUUGAGAUUAGAGAUUGUAUCUCAUUUAUAUAUGCCUACUGUAAUUUUUGGUUUUAUUUGAUGUUAUUGAAGAUUUGAUAAACUUUAGUAAAA